AUUAAAACACCAACUUAGUCAAAAGGACAACACAAUAUCAGAAUUAAACAGGAUGCACACGCACCAUAAAGGCAUCAUAUCAGAUCAUGAAGAAACAAUAAGAGUGAUGAAAAGGGAGAAAGACGAUUUGCAAACAAGGUUGAGCAGUGUCGCAGGUGAAAAAUUAACAAAGGGAAACCCAUCUAUCACAGACCUUGGUGAUCCGAAUCGCCCAAUGAAAAUUGGCGAAAAGUAUGGUGAGCUUUAUGACAACGAAUGGACAGAUGCGAUGGAAAAUAUAAAAAUUGUCAAGGAAUAUUAUCCUGAUAUGAAAGAUAAUGAAACAGAGGAAAUAAUUAUUCGACACCUUCAAAGACUUUUAAAGUGUUGCUAUGGUGAAUGUUUAUGGAAAGCUGAAGACCAGAUACAAACACUUGGUAAAGCACUUGCAGAAACGAUGUGUUUGACAUUUGAAUCGAAAGAAGAGAUUAAAAGUUUAACCGUGUGCAAGGAAGCAUCGGUUCUGAGAAGAACAAAAUCUGAAGACUUCGCAAAGUUCUUAGUUCAAAAUAAGGUGCUGUGCAAUAAUACAAUUGAUGACUGGGAUUACAUCAACAAAAACGGAAAUGUGAUGCAGAUUUUAAUGGAAUCAACGUUCUUUGAAAAGUGUGUCUACCUUUGUUGGUGUAUGGUGAUUCAAGACCCCGUUAUGUAUUUAGAUGACGAUCCAAUUCCAUGCACGCCAAUUGAUAAAAAUACAUACAAGGAAUUUGUCAAGAGCGGAGAUAGUGUUGCUUAUGUUGUAUGGCCAGCGUUGUUUUUACACAAAGGCGGACCUUUACUUUACAAAGGUGUUGUGCAAGCCUACUGGAAGAAAGAUGAUGAUGACAACAUGGAAGGAACAAGUGUUUGAAGUUGAAGGUUUUUUUAUUUAUGCAAUGUGAUAAUGCACAUCAGCAGACUGUGAUAAUAUAUUUAUUAGUAUUGAUUAGGGAAUAUACAUAUUUAAAAUAUUUAAUUACUACUUCCCAUGAUUAUUUUGACAAAUGUAUUUAAGUUUCUUAACACAGGCUUUUCAAAAUUCACCGAGCAAAGUAAGAAAGUUGUUAAAAAAACCAUUGGACUUUGUUUUUCUGUUUAGGGUUUCAUGA